GCCAAAAAGCUUAUUUGACAAUCAAAAGUCAUGAUGAUCAAUUGGUUCAAUUCACUUCUCGUCUUUUUAGUUGUAUUUUCCGUCGCUGAUGCUCGCAUCAAGUUCAAAAAGAUAGAAAUUACUUCGGAUGAAAAUUAUGUGAAGUAUCAACAUUCCAUUGAAGAAAAAGACAAUGUUCCUUAUUUGAGUGUUACAACUGAAGUUGUCAAAGAAAUUGAAGGAGAAAUAAUUAUCAGUGGCAACAUUAGUGUCGUUCACGAAGGCAAAGAAGAACCCAUAACAAGAAUCCUUCCCGUAGAUUUGUGCAAAUAUUUAGCGGGCGAGAAGAAAAGUGUCUUAUUGAAGUUGCUUUGGGAUGAAUUGGGACGUCAUGGAAGUGUUCCUAAAUCUUGUCCAAUAACGAAAGCAACAUAUUCCGUCAAAGAUUUCACUCCUGAUAAGGACAUGAUUCCCGCUGCAUUGCCCGGAGGCGAAUAUCACAUCAAUGUUUUUGCUGAAUUGCAAAAAGAUGGAAAUGUUAUUACUAAUUUGGUUCAUACUGUCGUACAUGUAACGAUCAUGUAGAUUUUAGA